UGAUGUACUUUGAUUUUUAGUUCUGUUGUCGUCGACAAAAGAUUUUUAUUUUGAUAGCAAUUUUCGUGUGCCCAUCUGAAAUGUCAGUUAUUGUGUACUUUAACGAAGCGGUCGCGUGACAACACCCCUACCACGUGACCAGUGGCCUUUAAAACGUCGUCUGUCACAAUUGUUGUUGACAGGCGCAGCUAUGCUAAUGACAUUGGUUGCGGGGAGACAGGCUCUUGUGUUUUGUAAAGACAUACCCGCGAGUUGUGCUCAUCUGACAACACUUGUACAUUCCCCAGCUCAAGCGGACGCUUCAUACACAGCUCAUUUCAAGUGACCUCUGACCCUUUCGAACAAGAUGAAGAUUAUUGCGUGUGCUCUACUGGUGACGUUCAUCUACUGCGUCGGCCAGGUGACGUCCCUGCAGUGCUACACGUGCAGUGGCAUGACGGGAUCGGCCUAUGACGACUGCAGCAACAACAAGAACUCCAACCUGACCACCUGUGCUAAUGGCACCACAAACUGCUUUUCUAUGAAGCUACAGUUUAACUCAUCGGGCGCCAUGCUGUACGGCCGAGGCUGCGCUGGAACUUCGCAGUGCAGCUCAACAACCCUUACUAACGUUACAGCAGCCUGUCAGGCAUUUGGAGGCAAUGCUGAUAUCAGUAACUGUACAGUUACUUCCUCGAAGUGUUGUACCAAGGAUAAGUGUAACGGAGGGACAGCUGUUCUUCCUCAAAUCGCGAUGACGUCAGCUUUGAUCGCCGUGUCGCUAGCCGCAGUGCUACAAUGA